AUGCCGACUCCUUUUGCGAUGGUUUCGUCCGCAAAAGCGAUGGUAAACCUACCUAAACUGUCUGAUUUAACGAUCAAUAAAAGUCGAUCGAUGCGAAAAUCUCUCGGGAGAGAGAGAAAUCGACUCGCGAGGUUUGCGUUGGAGGAAGAUUCCCAUCUCGAAGGAGGAGAUUCGCAGAACGCGUUCGGGAAAAACGAGGAGGACGAGGAAGAGGGGAAGAGCGAAAAGUUGGACGAGGAGGAAGGCGCAUCCUCCUCGUCCCAGUCUGCGACGGAGACAACACAUUCGAACGUGGAAGCCUCGUCCUCGAAGUUUAUGGCUUUGAAAAAAGACACCAAUAACGCCAAAACGACCGGCGGAGAGAAUACCAACAAAGAACAAAAGAAUAUACGAGUGGCGAGACGAAGGGUGAACCCGGCGACGGCGGCGGCGGUGGCGAAAGCGAAAAGAGAGACCACCGUCUCGUCUAAAGGAGAAGAGAACAAAAAGGAGAACAACAUCGAGGACACGGAUGAAGAUGAAGACGAGACGCACACGAUUCUCGUUCGUCAACCGUUCGAGACGUCUGACUUGGAGCUCGAGUUGAACGACUCGGAUGCAAAGGCGACGACCUCGGGAGGGUCGGUCAAAGUGAAAACAGAACGAAGAGUGGGGAAGAGUGGCAGUAAGUCGUCUAAGAAUUUUAUCGGCGGCAAAUCGGGUGCGAAUGGGAUCAACGCGAACAAGACGAAGAAAGAGCGCGAGGAAGAAGACGAGGAAGAGGAAGACGAAUACGCCGUUUCGGAUUGGAAGAAAUGGAACGAACGUUUCGACCAAUUGGCGAAAGAAGACGAAGCCUUGGUCGCGCUCAACGGACAACUGGCCGAGGCAAUCGACGUCGAGGACUACGGUCGCGCGUCAACGAUUCGAGACGCCAUCGAGGCAGCUUUAACGGUUGACCCGGCGAUGAAAAUUCGCCGAGGCUUUUUGAGAGCGUUGGAAACGGAGGAUUACGGCGCGGCGGCAAAGUUUCGAGAUUCUGGAGCCGGUUUGCUCGGUUGGUGGCACGGGGUUGAUAUCACGGACUAUUUGCAGUCGUAUUCAAUAGAACGCGAUAAAAUGCACGACUAUGCGUACGGCGUGAACGGUGAUCAGUUGGUUUAUAAACAACCAGAACGAGAAGAAGAAGAAGAAGAAGAAGAAGAAGGAGAAGAGGCUGGGACGAAAGCGAUGAAACAAUCGCCGAAGCCGCCGAAAAAGUUUACAAAAGGUACAAUUGUUCACGUGACGGUGAGACGUGGACGUUUGGUUGGCACAUCGUUCACCGCGAGGGAGUUGGCGGACGCGAACGAUGAGUCGCCGUUGGACACGUUCAAAAGUUGGGCUCCUUCGGCGUCUGACACGCCGGUGAAUGGCAAACUCGAUAAGCUUAAAGAAAUCCUCGACACGCAGUACGAAAAAUAUACGAAUAAACGUGAUGAAGAAGAGAAAAGCAAAGAAGAAGAAGGUAUCGACGCCUACGACGUUAAUGAAGAAGAAGACGCUGCCAUCAAGUAUUCAGUGAAAGACCAAACGUUUGGGACGCCAUAUUUUGAGCUGCACGUUCGCGAAGAGUACGAUAAGGACUCGAAAGAGAUAAAAUUCGUUACGCAACCGGCGAGACUUCAUUACGUGGAGUCGUUCAGAAGAAUCCCAGUAGUUGAUUUGAAUGAUCACGCGGACGAAGAUGGACAGAAAAUUACGGUGAGAAGAGAAACGGAUGACGACGACGGUGGUCCUGAAACCAUCGACGACGAGACGAAGAAAAAAUUGCUCGCGGAUUUGCAAGAAUACAAGGAUAAAUUAGCCUCGACUAAAGCUGCACUCAGCGCCCACGAGAAAGAGCUCGCCACUCGCGAAGAGCGCAUAAGGAAAUUGAAAGAAAAUUUGCUCACGAAUGUGAGCUUAUUGCGCGAAGAGAUGAGAAAGAAUACAAGUGCGAUUGACGAGAUUACUUUAGAUACCGACGAGGCAGCGGAAAAGAGACGACAAGAACGCUUCAAGCUGGUCCAAGAAAUUCGAGACGCAGUUAUCGCAAAGGGCACGGAACGCAUAAAAGAAGAAGAAGAGGAGCUCGAUAAUGUCAUCAACACAAUCUUUGACGCGUACGAUCAAAACACGACUCCAGAGGAUCCUCCGAGCAGAGAAGAAUUGAUUAAAAUGUUGGAAGAUUACGAUACGUUGGAUGAGUAUGGCAGUGGCUUACUCAACGCGCUCCGCGCGGAUGAAAACGCAGACGUCGCUGACGAGGACUCUUUGUUUGAAGAGGAAUUCUUUGAACGAUGGAGUGGGAUCGAUCGCAAGAUUCGAACUAAUUCGCCGGAUUUUUUGGCGAAGUUGGAAAGAUUCGGAGAUGACGCGCUGGCGUUGGGAGAUGCGUUGUUCGACGAUGCCGACGACGAGGACGAUUUUGACGAGAACGAUGAUUAUGACGACGGCGACUUUGACGAUUUCGAUGAGUCGAACAUUGUCGAAUCCGAGGGUGGUUUUGAUUCACGCAUGAAAUCUAUCGAGGAUUUAUACGGCGAUCCGAGCUUGUACGAUCGCGUCAGAGUUCCUGCGGAGUGCACUCGAGUCUCGCAAUCCUCUUUCCUUCUAAAAUCUGAGGGCUUAUCCGUCGAUACCGACGUUCUAGGCAUCAACGCCGAAAACGUGAAGGAAGAAACGGAGGAGAAACAUCACCGAUCCGUCGCAGCUUCGACUGUUCGUUUCGAACGCAUCCCGGAUCACGUCGCGACGCAAACCUCGAAAGAUCCGUUCGAUCGCCUCUACGUCGGCGCGUUUGGUCCACACGGUGCCGAAAUCGUUCGCAUCGUUCGAGGCCGAUAUGGUGACGAGUUGGGUGAAGACUCAAAUUGUAUCACCGGCAUCAAACUUACCGGCGAUGCGAACGUUCCAGCUGGUGCGGCGUCCUUUCGCGCGAAAAUCGAUGAAGAAAAUAAACUUCCCAAACUCACCGUCAACGGUUUACAAACCUACCCGGAAGAGCUCGGCGUUUUAGCGCGAUACAAAGGCCAAGGUCGAGUGGCAAAACCAGGCUUCGAAGACGCCUCUUGGACGGACGGCGAACUUUUGGUUUUGGACGGUAAAGGAGGACAACUUACCGGCGGCGCAGAGUUGGGUUUCGUCUGGGCGGUUCCGCAUGAGCGACGCUUGUUGAUUUUGUUCACCUCCUUGAAGUUGCCGAGCGACUUGCGGGACGAUUUGAACAACAAAGACAACGACGCCGUCUCUGCCUUAUCGAGAUAA